ACAGGGGAGGAGGAAGACAGCACGUUCACCAGCAUUUCUCUCGAAGAUGACACAGGUUCCUGGCGAGACAAAAGAUGCUCAGCGAGGACCGCUUUCUUUGGCGCAUCUUCUCUUCUGCGCCAUGAUUGGUUGCUGCUUUUUUAGAACCCGCCCAACAAUCCUGAUUGGGCCUCAAUGCCCUUUUGUUAGGGCAAAGGUGGACCCCGGUGCUCUGCCACAGGACUGUCGGGACGUCCAGCAGCCAGUGCGCAGGCGUGCAAUCUCCAGUUAGGAUUGGUGGGAGGACGCCUCCUCGCUCGGCGCACGCUCCGUGGGCGGGAAGGGCGGAGCUGACGCUGUCAGUUGGUCGGAGAGCCGCGCGGCCUGAGGCUUCCUACCCAUCCCGCCUCCUCCCGGCGCUUCAGACGCAAGACCAUUCAUUAAAGAGUUUGCGUCCGAGAGCUGAAAGUUUGUUACCCAAGAUGAUGAAUGCUGACAUGGACGUUGAUGCUGAAAAUCAGGUGGAACUGGAAGAAAAGACUCGACUUAUUAAUCAGGUGUUGGAACUCCAACACACACUUGAAGAUCUUUCUGCAAGAGUAGAUGCAGUUAAGGAAGAAAAUCUGAAGCUAAAGUCGGAAAAUCAAGUUCUUGGACAAUAUAUAGAAAACCUCAUGUCUGCUUCUAGUGUUUUUCAAACAACUGAUACAAAAAGCAAAAGGAAGUAAAGGGUUCACCCCCCUCUCUUCUAUGGAUUGCUGCUCUUUUUCUUCCCCCUUAAGGCUUGGAUAUGAUCCAAAAGUUAGAGUAUCUUUGUUCUUCCCUGAGUAUUUAUAAAGAGAAUGUCAGAUCUAGGUAACACUAAUGCUGAACAGGAGCAUCUCUGAGUUAACGCUAUAUGUAUACGUUAGUCUAUGAAAAUGUGCACAUGUAGAGACUUUAUAUUAGAAUUACAGAUAUUUAUGAAACUUGAAGAUGAAUGUUUUGCCAAUUUGCUUACAUAUAUAUAGGUUUAGCACUGUCUUUUAUCAUAAGCCUAACUAGUAAAAUAUACAAAAAAAUAACCAUGUUGUGAAAAGUGACCAAAACCAUGUACUGAAUGCACAGCUUCUGUACCUUGUGCACCGUCUUGUGCCUCUCCCCAUCUGCCUCCUCUCCCCAUCUCCCUCCCUGACGGUAACUUCAGUAGUUUCUCCUACCAGAGUAACCUGGACUAGAAUUGUGGACACGUAACCAAAAUAAGAUACUUCCUUAUCUAAGGCUUGCCAUUUGUGAUACUUAGUCAUAAGAUAGGAUUGCUGGUUUCUCUUUAAUCAAUUGAAAGUAGAUUGAAGCUAUAGAAAAUGAAGGGUUUUCUUUGAAAUGUAAACUGCCACCCUGAGAAGCUAAAAACUCCCUAUUGCAUAAAAUAGUUCAUUUGGUGUUGAAAAGAUAGGAAUGCUGGUCAUAUGUGUGUGAGAAAUUAAAAAACAAAAUAAACCAACCAAACAAAAAAACUUGAGAAAAGAUAGGAAUAGGAAGGAAAACUGGAUUAACAGAAAUAACCAGCUCGCAGUGUUUUCCCUCUAAAUGUGUAUUACCUCUGGCCCACAGCUGCACUUUGGGGACAUAUGAAAGUGGACUGAGUCUAAUGUAAGUGGAUUAAGAGAGACUAGUUAAGAGUUUGGUCUCAAGGUUUAUUUGUACCCAGGAAAUGAACUUUUGCAAAAUUAAUUGAGAGUAUAUUAGUAUCAGAAUCAUGAAUAUAAGAGAGUUUUGUAUAUGUGAUGAUUAUUAACCUCAGCAUUUUAUCUCAGUUGUUUUCCCAGAAUUUCUGUAAACUCAGCUACUUAGUUUGCAGAAUUUUAGUCAUUCUUUUAACAAAUUUUAAGAAUUUAGUUUGUAGCUUCCAUUUGAUAAGGAGCUGAUAUCAGAAAUAAUAGUAAGGUCUUAUAAUAGGAAAGAUCCACCAAUGCAGCUGGUGGCUCUUAGGCUGGGCUGCUUUGACUUGUGGAAUUAUCUAAUGUAGUAAUGUAAGCCUUGAUGAGUGACGUUAGCUAUAUGGAUGUGUAAUCCUCACAUUGCAGACAUUUUGCAACCCUUUUGUGACCUUGUUACAAAUAUUUAAAAUUGUGUUCAAGUUCUGCUUUGCUGUUUAAUAAAAAGCUGUUUCAGAGGU